UCGGGGCGGGGGAGGUUGUGUGUGUGUGUGAUGGGUGCGGCGAAAUGGGUUGGUGAAGCGAUGGGUGGAUGUAGUGGCGCCGCGUGGAGUACCGGUGGAGUGUGGUGGAGGAGACAGGGACCACUUCUUAUGUUCCUAAUAUUACUCCUGCCUCAAGUACUGCUGGCUGAUACAGGCUUCCUCGAGUCUAUAGAAAUCCAACCUGACACUACAGAAGCCCCAUCAGUAGGUCCCAAACUGCUGGAGGCGCCGGAGAACACAACAGUGGUGGUGGGCGACCCUGCCAUGCUCCGGUGCAGGGCCACGGGAACGCCGCCCCCCAAGCUAGUGUGGCACGCCCAACGCACCGGCAGAGUGAGGACUGACCCUGCGCGGGGAGUGGCGGUCACCGAGGAAGGGCUGAAAUUUGAGUCUGUGGGGAAGGAGGAUGAGGACUCUUACCGCUGCACCGCCCGGAGUUCAGCAGGGUCACAACACUCCGCCUGGGUGCCGCUGAAGGUGUUGGCUGAGACGCGCAUCUCUGAGUACCCUGGCGCCUACAGCAUCAACUACGGCACCACCCUGCUGAUGCGCUGCGUGGCCCUUGGUGACCCGCUGCCGGAGAUAGAAUGGUUCAAAGAUGGGGAUCCGCUGCCGAUGUACGAGUGGAAGAACGAGAUAUUGCACGGGAUAGAGUUCACGCCGUUCACCAAGUAUGCUCGCUCAGUGCUCACCGUGAACGCCACAGCCACGGCCAACUACACCUGCUCUGCCGAGAAUGUGGUGCAGAACAGACGCACCACCGACUCCAGGACCUUCACCGUCUCCGUCGUGCACCCCGUCAGCCCCAUCAGACGACCGCUUGGCUACUGUGCGCCUUACAAUGGUCGGGUGUGUAAGAAGCACCUGAGAGGGCCGGGCCUGGUGUGGUACAACAUCACCGCCACAGACCAGGGCGGGUGGCUGAAUGAACACAUCACGAGGGAGCUGUGGUCCGAGAUGAUCAACAACUUCCGUGAGCUUUGUCGAGAGGCAGCCGAGAAACUGUUGUGUCACUUUGCCUUCCCCAAGUGUCAGCUGAAUGACGGGUACCAGGUGGGGCUGCCGCUGUGCCGGGAGGACUGCAUAGCUGUCCGCAGCCUCUUUUGUGUCAACGAGUGGCUUCUCAUCGAGCAGAACAAGCAGGAGAACAGGGUGUUGAAGUCUCGAAACCAUUUCCGGCUUCCCAACUGUGAUGCCCUGGAGAGUUACGGCAACGGCUCCCGGAAGUCAGUGUGUUCUCACAUUGGCCUCACCAGCAUUGACCACAGCCAAGUCACUUAUGACUGCAGGAAGGCACGGGGCCGUUGGUAUUUUGGCACCGUAAAUGUCACCAGCAAUGGAAUUCCGUGCCAGCGAUGGGACUCCCAGGAGCCACACAGCCACCACCGGCCACCCAGCGUCUUCCCAGAGAUACAGAAUGCUGAGAACUACUGUAGAAAUGCUGGAGGAGAGGAACCCUACCCUUGGUGCUACACUACUAACCCUCUCAUCAGAUGGCAGCACUGUUCCAUCCCCUUGUGUGGUGAAGGUGGCAGUACACCUGGGGGAGUGUUCCUUCAUGAUGAGAUUCAGGCCAAGAUGCUUCCUAGUCCCUGGCUGAUCCUGAUAGCUGGAGGUGCUGGGCUAGGGGGCCUCCUGCUGCUGGCCCUCAGUGCUCUCCUCAUCUACAAGUUGGUCCACGCCCGGCACGGCUAUUCCUCCCCCAACUCCCAGACGGGGAAUCCGGAUGCUGACAUUGACAUCACGAAGCUACCACGGAACUCAGCCUACCACCAGACCUGUGCACAGCUGAACCCUAAACUGGAGAAGCUGCAGUACGACAGGAACAGCAUCAUCUACAUCCGGGACCUUGGGCAGGGAGCGUUUGGCCGAGUGUUUCAGGGCAAAGCUCCAGCACUUGUUCCUGGUGAAGAGUUAACAAUGGUUGCUGUCAAGGUACUAAAGGAGGAGGCUUCUGAAGACAUGCUUGGUGACUUUGAGCGGGAGGCUUGCAUCUUGGCUGAGUUUGACCACCCCAACAUUGUGCGCCUGCUGGGCGUGUGUGCUGUGGGGCGCCCCAUGUGCCUCCUCUUUGAGUACAUGGGACGUGGGGACCUCAAUGAGUUUCUCAGAACGUGCUCCCCCACCAACUACAUUGUGCGCUCCACCAACGGGGAUGCAUUCAGUGACACAAAGCUCACAUACAAAGACAUGCUGUGGAUCGGCACGCAGAUUGCAGCCGGCAUGGUUUACCUCUCAAAUCGUAAGUUUGUCCAUCGAGAUCUCGCCACCAGAAAUUGUCUCAUUGGGGAAGAUAUGACAGUGAAGAUUGCAGACUUUGGUCUGUCCCAGAAGAUUUACAUUGCCGAUUAUUACCGCGGCGACGACAGUGAUGCAAUUCCCAUCCGCUGGAUGCCUCUAGAAAGCAUUUUGUAUAACAAGUAUACUGUUGAGAGUGAUGUGUGGGCUUAUGGAGUGUGUCUGUGGGAAAUAUUUUCAUUUGCACUCCAGCCAUACUAUGGGAUGACUCACGAGCAAGUGGUCUGCUUCCUAAAGGAGGGCGGCAUCCUGUCCAUCCCUGACCACUGUCCGCCAGAAGCCUAUGCAGUGCUCACCUGGUGCUGGCAGCGGCGCCCCCAUGACAGGCCCUCCUUCCCGGCCCUCCACAAGGCCCUCAUUGAUCUGGCAGCCGAGCGGCCAGUCGUGGUGCCGGAGCCUCCGCCCAGCUCGGCAAUGUCUGGUUCAAUACCUCCCACCCCCCGGCCUGGCUCCUGUGUCCCAGAUCCCCCACAGCAGCAUGUAUGAGGUGGCAGGGCAGGUUUCUGGCAAAGGGGGGAGGCUUGGUAGGUGUGUGUGUGUGUAGUGUUGGGACACACAUUGUCAUGUUGAGUAAUGUGUUGAAGGAAAGCCAGUGUGAUGGACUUACAUUGCUUCUGUGAAAGGUGAUUUAGUUCAUUUUCAAGUGUCCACUCUCAUCAUUUUGAGGCAGCAUGUGUAUGCAAUACAUAGGUAUUCUUCAUAACUUUGUACUGACUGUGUCAGUCUGCGGUAAGUACUAACAAUUUAUUUAAAAUUUCAUGUAUCAUUUAUUUAUAAUUUCAUAUUUCACUUUGAAGGUAAAGGUGUAUUUCUUUUUUUUUUUUUUUUUUUUUUUUUUUUUUUUUUUGUACUGUACGCUGAAGGAAAACUUUACAUUAGCUUCCUUAUGCACAACUUUAAUACUGUGCUAAUUUUUUUAUGCUGUUUUGUGGAUUUUUAUUAAUUCAUUCAUUUGCAUUUUUACACUUUUGCCAAGAAUGGGUCUCAGGCAUUCAGUUUUUGAGAUCUAAGCCAAUAAAUAUUAAACCUUUACUUGAAUUUGGCCAAGUGUACAUAAAGAAAAUGUGUUGCUAUUUCUAUGAGUAGUGACUGUAGGGUUUUCUUAUUCCUCAAAUGCUAUCCUGUAAAUAAUGUAAAAAUUAGAUUGUCAGAAGUAGCUGCAGUUUUAUGUAAGGAUUUUCUAAUUGUAAAUACAAAACUGUGCUGAGGCAUGGUUGAUCAACAGAAUCUUUUAAAUUAUAAUUGUAAAAAGCCAGUGAUCUGCCUUUUGUAACAUAUAUAUAUAGUUUUUUAAGUCAUGAUUACAUCUUAAGUGAAUGUUUCAAUAUUUGCAAAAGAGUACAUGUGCAAACUGCAGCAUGAUGUAAGUCCACCCACCGAAAGUCCCAAACCAGUGAAAUAUUAAUGACUACUUGUAAAGAACUGCAAAUGUAAACUUUUCUCAACUCUCAAGGCUCUCUUUCUGUGGAGGCUGAAAUUGUAACAAAAGCUUUAGUUUCUAACAGUGAAAGCAAGUUUAUUGGAGAUUUGUUUGAUCACUUUUGUCCACAGCUUCUCUUUCUCCUUUUUUUCUUUUAAUGUAACAUAAUGCACAUGAUACAUAGAGCAGUUAUUGCCAGUUGCAUUGUCGUAUGGAAAUCAAUAUAGUACAUCACUUGACAGAUUCCGUUUAAGAUGUAAUUGUUAUGUACAGAGGUUAAGCAGAUUCCUUCAUGUGUGGUGAGGACUUGAGACACCCUCAGUGCAAGACACAUGACAUCUUUGCUGUGGAGUGAGUCUGUAGCAGUGGCGGCAUCAGUGGCGAUGGAACGAAUGGUGCAAGUUAUGAAUCAUUCUAAGGGAGGAUUGCUUUUGUAUUGAGCCAAGAAAUACCUUGCACCUCUUUAUAAUUUACAUAUCAUUUAUCCUCAGAGUUAUUCUCACUUGUCCUGGUGACAGAAAGCCACAACAGUCAAGUACUUUAUGUUGAGCAGCAGUGUUUGAGUUUACAGUAUGUACACAUUGAGUCAGUCUUAUGGCAUUGUAUAGUAAUUGUAAGAGGCUUGAAUCACUGUUAGCUUUAUUUUUUCAAACCAGUGCAUUGUAAGGAAGACUGAUACUUUUUCCGCUGUGAUAGUAUUAAUUUGGAAAGAAGGAUACUUUAGAUGUCAAAGGUUACUGAGCAUCUCCACUCUUGACUGUCAUAAGAGACAACCUGAUGAACUGCACUGGACUGUUUUCUGUACAAUUUGUGGUCAGUCUCGUGACACUCAUAGUAGUGUAUUGCAAUGUUUUGAAGUCACAGUGAACAAGAUACAUUAUUUCCAAAUUGUUAGCAUUGUGUACUUGAUGUUUAUUUAUUCUAUUUAUUUUUAUUGAUUUUGUUUAUUUAUUCUUUUCUUUUCUUUUUUUAUUGAUAUGUUUUUUAAUUUUUGGUAUGUCUUGGUUGAUGAAUCUGGCAGCUAGGUAGUAUGUAGGGAGAUGCAUUUUCUUUAUGUAUUGUUUUCACUCUUGUUAGCAAGAGCUGAUCAAAAGUAACACCACACAAUUGUCUCUGUUUGGUGAGCAUUUCUGUAAUGUUAGAAACACAAUUGAUAUUACUCACAUUUCAGACAAGGACGUGUGUUUAGUGUUACAGAAUGAAAUGUCAUGAGACAUUUUCUUGGUUUUCAUUUUGCAUGAUGCACAACAUUUGAUUGAUGUUCUUUUCAAACCUUGGUUCAUCUUGGCUGUGCCAUUAGUCACUUCAUCAGUAUUAAAUCAAAGAUUUCUUUGUCUACAGGUAGAUUUUAUGUUGAUUUUUUUUUUGGUAGGAGUGCAUAACUCUAUUUCAUUGUUAAUUUUAAUUUUGUAUUCAUUCAUUUUACAGUGAAUGACUGUUUUUAUAUAUUUUACCAGCAAACACAUCACCUUAGGGUCCAGUCCUCUCAAGCCAAUGAUAUUGAUUAGUCUGAGUUUCUUAAUGGUAUUAUUAUUAAUAAGGUUAUCAAUUUUGUAAGGACAUGAAUCUUUACCCAAAGUUUUCUUUAUUAAGCAUUUUCUAUCAUUUGUAUGAUUAUAGACUCCUCUCUUUUAAGUAUUAUAAUCCUUUUUUUAUGCUAUUUUAAGUUAAAGCUAUAUGAGCAUACUAUUCUUGAACAUGUAUUUGUAAUGUGCUUCUUUAUUUUGUGUAGUAUUGUUGGUAGUGAACAACAUUGGCACUAUAAAUCAAAGAUCAGAUACUCACACUGUGAAGUCUAGCAAAUGUGUGCUAAUCAAUUCAUUAAUUUCCAAAUUAAACAGUAUUUCAUAAACCGAAAGUGUCACUGAAAAAUGCAUUAUUAUUAUUAUUAUUAUUAUUAUUAUUAUUAUUAUUAUUAUUAUUAUUAUUAUCAUCAUCAUUAUUAUUAUUGACUAAUUUAUUUAUUAAUGUAAUUUUACCUUGUUUCAUUCAUUAGCAUAUACUCAUACAUGCCUUGAUCAGGAAGCUUCAAAGUCUUUUAGAUUAACAGACAUCUUCACAGAGGUGGCAGUUCUGUGGUGUGGGCAGGCACAGUGAAGCACCGAUAUUGUUUCCCAUGUAAUAUUUGGUGAGGAGGGAGAACACAGUACGACGCUUGAUGCAUUCACUAGGCCAGUAGUGUGUGGAGGAGUGGAGUGGUGCAACACAAUUUGUCAACAUUCCCCUGUGUUUAGUAUAGUCUGAUUUGUAGUGCAUUCUGAAGGCAUCUGUAUCAUCUCAUAUGGGAUGAGUUUUGUUGAACCAGGCAUAUGUAUGGACUGUGAGGGCAGCAAUAUGUUUGUGUGUGUGUGUGUGUGUGUGUGUGUGGUUUGCAGUUUUUACUGCAGUUGAAGAAGAACAGUGAAUCAUUUGAAAUAAUUGAAUUUCCCUGAUCACAUGUACAAAACCAGAGAUCAGUGAAAUAUUUUUGUAAUAUGGUACAGUUAUUUUUUGUGCUGAUGGUUUGCAUGGGUUUGAGUGUUAUGUCAGAGCACAAAAAUGGUGGUCCCUUUUGAUGGUGAGUUAGGUAAUGUUUUUACUUUUAAUUUAGCACAUACAUAAUUUUAACCUUAAUUGUAAUGGUGAAUGGUUUAAAUAAGUUUCAAAGUGAUUCCAAAACUUUCCAGUUUUUAUAUCUUAUCUAGUCCAGCAAAUGAUAUUUACCAAAAUACAACCAUGUUUCCUAGCAGAGACAUGUAAGUGUGUGUGUGUGUGUACCAAGGAAGUGAGUGUUAGCUGGGUAAUGAGGUCACCAGGUUAAAGAUUUGAUGUUAUUACUUCUAAGUCUUAAGCCGUACACUUCAUAAGAUCUCACCCACAGAACAGGCCUGAGUAACAACUGAAUUGUGAUUAUGAUUAAGUUUUUAUGGACCUGUGAAAACAAAGUGUUGAUAAGAGUGUGCAAAGUGAAGAAGGUCUCUGUGGAGUUUACAGUGUUAUGAAAUGGCCAGCUUUCCAUGUCAAACCAUUCCUGAAAAGUUUGUAAUAGUACAUGAAUUAUGUGUGACUGGUCCUCAUAAAAGUCUUAUAUGUUUUGUAUCAAUUUAACAUGAAAGAGUACACAGUUGUCUUCCCAGGCCUUACCCCAAUCAUCAGUGUGUUGUGUUAGGUAUUCUAUGAAGUGUGGCGCUUGUGGGGGCCAGUAAAGCAAUGCACAGACCGCACUGGUUUACUGUAGGGCAAGUAAUGUGAAACAAGUGAAUAAAUAAACAAAUAAUAGUAAGUUAUCUUGAUUUGGGUGAGUCAUGUAAGUGACAUGUGACUUGUGUGUUUGCCCUGUUCAUUUUCAGUUUAGUUGAGAUCAAAUUUUUCAUUCUCGACUAUUCCUGUCUUUAGCAAUACAAUAACUUAACUGCAA